AUGACGUACUGUCAAUUUCAAAGCGCUCUCACCAUAUUCUCCAGUAUUGGCGCCUUCUGCUGGACAAUGGUCAUGUCGAUCUGUCUCUUCAUGAGCAUAGUAUGUAUCAACCUCACAUUCACCGCCAAAUACAUGAAGGUGUUUCACCUCGUCUGCUGGGGAUUACCAAGCAUAGUGACCAUAGCAGCAUGGUCCAGUGACGUCCUCGGCUAUGACCACAACAUCACUCAGGCCAGCUGGUGCUGGAUUGACCCACUGGUGCCGCACGCCAUGGUAUGGCAGCUGUUUACCGGCAAGGUGUGGGAAUUCUCCUGUUCCGCCCUCACCACUGGACUUUCGUUCGCCGUGUUUGUUUACAUCCGGCGGAAGGCUAACACAAGUCUUGCAUCAAAGUCCAACCGGAAGUCUAAGAAAGCUGCAAUAGAAUCAGCAAACCGGAAGUUGAUGUUUGUACCGCUGGUGUUCAUUCUCUGUCGUAUUUGGGGAACACUACGUUUCUUCAUUGGGAAUUUUGCACCUGGGUAUGAAAAUAAACCAGAAGUGUCGUGGAUUGUCCCAAUGCAGGGUAUAGGAGACAGUGCCCAGGGUUUCGUUAAUUUUGUAGUGUACUGCUGUAUGACUGACGGAGUUCGGCGGAGGAUUUUUAGAUCGUGUACGUGUUGUAAGCAGAGGGGCGGAGAGAGUUCCGGAUCCCCACCCACUAUAUCGCUGGCCACGUCACAUAAAAUUACACAUCUGCAGGCUCCGACCUAUAACCAACACGCGAAAUCUGAAAAGAUUGCACCAUACGUCUUUAUGCGGUCAGCUGUUGACAUCACGGCACACACAACAGUGAUGGAGACGGCCAUCCAUGAUGCGCAAGUAAUGCCACUCGGCACACACGUCGUGGACGACCACCAAUAG